AUGGACGAGCACCUGAGCCUCCUGCGCUCGCCGGCCGCCCCGUCUUCCUGCAGGCAUUCGAGGGGCGGCAGCAGCAGCAGCAGCGUCGGCGGCGUCGUGGGAAGCAGCCAUCAUAACUUGGGCUACAGCGAACAGCUUUUCCCCGAAGGCGCACUUUCCGCUCCUGAGGAAGGGCAGGAAGACGAGGAGGGCGACGGCGGGGACGAGGAGGAGGAAGAGGAGGAGGAGGAAGAAGAAGAGGAGGACGGGGAGCUGGAGGGUGGCAUGACUGUAGUAGGUGGAGAGGACCCUCCGAUCGAUGAAACCCAACAUCCCCAUGCCCUGCUGGGAGGGGAGCGCUAUGACCACCCUCUUGCCCAUACCUUGCCCCCCCAAAGUCAUCACCAAGUGGGCACCGGUGGAGAGGAACAUGAGUGCUGUGAGAGGGUCGUGAUCAACAUCUCAGGGCUGCGCUUUGAGACCCAGCUCAAGACACUGGCCCAGUUCCCAGAGACACUCCUGGGCGAUCCCCGCAAGAGGAUGCGCUACUUCGACCCUCUUCGCAACGAGUACUUUUUUGACCGCAACCGGCCCAGCUUUGAUGCCAUCCUUUACUAUUACCAAUCUGGAGGUCGUAUCCGCCGCCCCGUUAAUGUGCCCAUUGAUAUCUUUUCGGAAGAAAUACGUUUCUAUCAGUUAGGUGAAGAGGCCAUGGAAAAAUUUCGAGAAGAUGAAGGUUUCAUCCGCGAGGAGCAGAGACCUCUGCCUGAGAAGGAGUUUCAGCGCCAGGUGUGGCUCCUUUUCGAGUACCCAGAGAGUUCUGGACCAGCUCGGGGCAUUGCUAUUGUGUCUGUUUUAGUCAUCCUCAUCUCCAUUGUAAUAUUUUGUCUAGAAACCUUACCUGAGUUCAGAGAUGACCGUGACUAUGAUAGUGCUGCAGGAACAUUUGGGGCUGGGAGUAGUCCUUUUGUGAAUGAUGUUUUCACCAAUACUUCUUCCCCAGCUACCUCUGUGGUAUCCUCCUUCACUGAUCCUUUUUUUGUGGUGGAAACUCUGUGCAUUAUCUGGUUCUCCUUUGAGCUGCUUGUCCGCUUCUUUGCUUGUCCCAGCAAGCCCACCUUCUCUAAGAACAUUAUGAACAUAAUUGACAUUGUGGCCAUUAUACCUUAUUUCAUCACCUUGGGCACUGAACUGGCUGAGAGGCAGGGGAAUGGUCAGCAAGCGAUGUCUCUGGCUAUUCUCAGAGUCAUCCGGCUAGUUAGAGUCUUCCGUAUCUUCAAGCUCUCUCGGCACUCCAAGGGGCUGCAGAUUUUGGGGCAAACUCUGAAGGCCAGUAUGAGGGAACUGGGCUUGCUCAUUUUUUUCCUCUUCAUUGGUGUUAUCCUCUUUUCUAGUGCCGUCUAUUUUGCAGAAGCUGAUGACCCCACUUCAAGUUUCAGCAGUAUCCCUGAUGCCUUUUGGUGGGCUGUGGUAACCAUGACCACUGUGGGUUAUGGGGACAUGCAUCCUGUCACUAUUGGAGGAAAAAUAGUAGGAUCUCUCUGUGCCAUCGCUGGUGUGCUGACUAUUGCCUUGCCUGUUCCAGUCAUUGUCUCCAACUUCAACUACUUCUACCACCGAGAAACAGAAGGGGAAGAACAAGCUCAGUACAUGCACGUAGGAAGCUGCCAGCACCUCUCCUCCACGGAGGAGCUGAAGAAAGCGCGUAGUAAUUCCACUCUCAGCAAGUCAGAGUAUAUGGUGAUAGAAGAGGGAGGCAUCAGCAACAGUGCAUUCAAACAGGCUGCUUUUAAAACAAACAACUGCUCCGGCACAAACAAUCCCAACUGUGUGACUAUUAAAAAAAUAUUUACGGAUGUUUAA